AUGCUUGGGACACCACUACCUAGUAUUGUUGCUGAAGCACUUGAUGAGACAACUGUCACGGCACUCAAGUUCCGACAAGAUCUGAAGGAACUUGUCAAUAUCCUAGAGCCCUUUGCUUGUGCCCUACUAUGCCUUGAAUCAACCCGUAGUAGCCUAUCAGACGUUUACUUCUUUUGGCUGGGAGCGCUUGCAGCAUUGGAUCAUCACUUUAAGUCCCAAAACUGUCUUCUUCUGCCGCAGGAUUGGGGCCGUCUCCGCUGCAUUGCAUUGAAGCGUUUCAACAAGGCAAUCAAUGAUGCACCAACUGAUGGGUAUGUGACGGCGUUCUUCUUAGACCCACGUUAUCAUGAUGUUGCUAUUUAUGCUUCCUCAAACGCCUGCUCCUGUCAGGCCACUGUUCCGCCCCCGGUUGAUUGUCCUCAAACCUCUAAUCCACAGCAACUAAACAAGUGCAUCCUCAAUUGUGUUCAAAAGCAGUUAUUUGCUAUGCUAAAAGCGGAACUGGAGGCUGCCAAGGACAUCCCCCAUCACCCACUUCAUGCGUAUAGCCAAGACGCGCUAGUUGCAAAGGAACAACUGCAUGAACAACUUGAUUGCUAUUACUGGGCUGAUCAACGAUUUCUUUCACAAUAUCUUACGCCCAAUCAAUCCGCUCUCCAAUACUGGCGCUCACAAAAGCAGUUUGAACAUAUGUUUAUACUUGCACAUUUGGCAGAGAAGCUUUUUUCCAUCUUACCAAACUCAAUGUGCAAUAAAUGCGCUGGGUCUAGAUUGACCUAUCUUUAUUCUAAACUGCAAACGCGCCUGGAUGCAAACAGCAUGAUUGAACAGAUUCAGUUCAUGCAAUGGGAGUCUCUGGUGAAUGGUUUCAACUUCCAGCCCAAUUGUCAGGCUGACAAAGAUGCUAGCAAAAUUGCACCCGCACUCAAGGACAAGUGUGGAGAUGAAUGGCUUGAUUGCAGCGGAGCUGCGGCCCCCAUUGCUGAUACCAGCAAUAACAAAGAAGACACAAAAUUUGAGGAUAUUAUUGAUCUGACUUUGCAAGAGCUACUUGCCCUUUUUUCUAGCUACAACUCAUCAAUGCACGCCGCUGAUUCUGAGUCUCACUUGCCGCACAGUACAAAAAGCUUGGAAGGUGUUAGCAAGGAAUCCAAAGGCCCGCAGCGUGCAAUUUGGAGGGCAAGAGAUAUAAAUUGGGACUAA